AUAGAUUUGACGCAACAACAGCAACCGUAACCGGUAUAAAAACCAAUGCUCUAUCCAGAGCGAUCUCUUUCCGUAUACAUUCUGUGGUAGUGUUGCUCCGCGAUUUGUGCUCUGAUCUAAAAUGGUUGUGAAAUGUUACUUUGAUAUAUCAAUCGGCGAGCAACCCGCGGGGAGAAUCGUAAUGGAGCUACGAGAAGAUGUCGUGCCAAAAACCGUAGAAAAUUUCCGUGCUCUCUGCACAGGUGAGAAGGGUUUUGGUUACAAGGGAAGCAAGUUCCACCGCGUCAUCACAGAGUUCAUGUGCCAGGGUGGUGACUUCACAAGGGGAGAUGGAACGGGCGGCAAAAGCAUCUAUGGAGAAAAAUUUGCUGAUGAGAACUUCACAUUGAAACACACUAAACCCGGAAUCCUCUCCAUGGCUAAUGCAGGGCAAAACACCAAUGGUUCUCAGUUUUUCCUUUGCACGGUGAAAACAGCAUGGUUGGAUAACAAGCAUGUGGUAUUCGGAUGUGUUGCAGAUGACACAACCUCAAUGGAAACGGUGAGGAAGAUAGAGGCUGUCGGUUCAAAGGGGGGUAAAACCAGCAAGACGGUGUUGGUCUCCGACUGUGGACAACUGUAAUCAGUUGCCGAUUAUUUCCCGGUUAGAUAGUACGACCGUACAAAUUGUAAAUUGACAUCCUUAGUUGUUCAUACAUAACGAAAUACUCCUUGACAUGAAUAAUCUAAUAAUCUCGAAUGAAUACAACGAAUUUGAGUUGAACAUGCAUGCUGCAGCGAGAAGACAGAAACACAUGGAAAUUCCCUUAGAACAGCAAUGUUAACGCUCACACGCUUAAAGUCAUAAACACAGCCUUCACUGUAUUCACACCGGCACACCAGACCUGGCGAAGGCUUGCUAGUUGUCAAAUUAAUAUCUUACUAGUUCAAUUUUCACAAUUAAAACGGCUUUGACCUCUUGUUUGCCUCAGCAUUGCCUUGUCCACAUUGAAUGUCCAACAGCCAGUGGCUGCUUCAGUUAUUGUGUACUGAAAAUAUAUUGUAUCAUUAAAUCAUUAACAUCGAGCAAA